AUGGCUCGUCGCAUUUUUGUUAUCGGAGCCACGGGCGCUCAAGGUCUCCCCGUCUGUCGCGGCCUCACCAAAGACGGCGCUUACAGUCUACGGGUCCUUACCCGAGACUCAACCUCUGCACGGGCUAAAGAACUGGCCAAGCUAGGCGACGUUGAGUUUAUCGAAGGCUCAUUCGCCAAUGAAGACAACCUCCGAAAGGGCUACGAAGGAUGCUGGGGCGCUUUCGUCAACAUCGAUGGCUUCAAUACUGGUGAAAAGACAGAGACUUACUGGACCAUCCGCGCGUAUGAGUUGGCAAUUGAGUCUGGUAUCGAAUUCUUUGUCUUUGGAAACUUGGACUAUGGGUAUAAGAAGAGUGGCUAUGAUCCCAAGUUCCGCUGUGGCCAUUAUGAUGGAAAGGGUCGAAUGGCGGAGUGGAUGUUGACACAGAAAAAGACUCACAACAUGGGCACUGCAAUCUUCACUACGGGUCCCUAUAUCGAGAUGGCUAUCUCAGCAGGAACCCCCAUGACGCCUCGCACCGUGGAGGGCGUGGUUACUUGGACUGUUCCUCUCGCCGACGGAGCAAUUCCUCACGUAGCCCUCGAUGACUGCGAGCACUACGUUCGCUGGCUUUUCGAUAACCCUGAAAGAUCCAACGGACUGGAUCUCGAGGUUGCCAUCGAUCACGUCAACUACCAUGACCUCGCGAAGGCUUUCCAAAAGGUCACCGGCAAACCUGCUCAAUUCAUCGACAUCCCAAUGGAGACUUACUUCGAGCAUAGUCCGUUGGGUAGCAACGUUCCAGCGGGAUAUAAUGCUGAUCCUAGUGAUCCUGCGACCAUGACAAUCCGGCAGAACUUUACUGGUUUCUGGAAUAUGUGGCGGCACUCUGGUGGUAACAAGGGAGUCGUUCAGAGGGAUUAUAAGCUAUUGGAUGAGAUUCACCCAAACAGGAUCAAGACCCCGGAAGAGUUCCUCCGUAGAGAAGAGGAGAAGCGCAAGGCCCAGGGACUGCCGAGUAUCUUUGAGACGAUUGAGAGUGGGAACCUGGGUAUGAUCCUCAAGUUGAGUGAGGAUGGCAGAAAGGGCAAGUUAUAG